AUGCCGCAUGUUACGUUAAACGAAGUCAACAAAUUAUCAUUGCUGCGAGCUUUGGAGAGUGGACAAUGUCUAAGUAUGAGUUUUCGCUCCUGGGAUCUGUAUGAGUACCCUUUGCUGCAGAGUACGACGAAACAUUCAUGGGCUGUUAAAACUGCAAUUCAGCUCGAGAAACCGCGCUUCGUUAUCUUUGCAUUGCAGACUGGUCGAAAAAAUAUGUCUCAAGAUGUUACAAUCUUUGACGACUGUAAUUUGAUCAACGUAAAACUUUAUCUAAACUCCGAAUUUUAUCCGUAUGACGAUAUGAAUUUAGACUUUCGUAAAUCUAGAUAUGCAAUUCUGUAUGACAUGUAUCGACGUUUUGGUAAAUCUUAUUAUGGAUAUGAGUGUGAAACGCUGCUCAACGUAAUCACAUUCCUGGAAAAAGGGCCUUUUGCGGUCACUGACUGUUCGCGACAAAACGAAUGCGUCAAGAGUGCUACCGUAGAUGUGCGCAUAGAAUUUGAUUGCAAAGAAAAUGUUCCCGCGAAUACUACCGCUUAUUGUCUCAUUUUACAUGAUCGUGUAAUUGAAUAUUGUCCGUUGUCCAACGUAGUGCGCAAAAUCACGUAA